CCGCAGAUUCGCAAUGGACUAUGAUUCCAGCUAAAAACAUCCUUGUUUGUGCUCCCACGCAAGGCGGCGAGGAGGGCGAUCACCACUGUCUCUAUGUUGAAGAGAACCAAGAUGCUGCACAGGACUCAUCAGCGUCUCCGGUGUUGUUCAGAAAAGUCAUUCUGAACAACCCCCCAGACUCGCUGAUCAAGGAGUUCAUAGCUCCAGCUAGUGGAGCCAACUGGGAAACCAGGCAAGAUCGUGGAGGUGUACAGGCCAACUUCCACAUUAUCGUCUCUACUGGCUCUGGCACUGGCCUGGCACUAGGAGUAUGGAAUCAGCUUGUGAAGCCAGCUCUUGACUAUAUCAAGGUUCAAGAGAGCAAGGACUACGUCCUCCAUAUCACCACGUCAGAAAACAGCAUUUCUGAUUUGACACGAGACAUUCUCCUGCCUCAAGCGAACCUUGGUAUCAGCCAAUCUGUGAUGUUGAUGAGUGGCGACGGCGGAGUGGUCGAUAUAGUGAACACUCUUCUUUCUGGCCAGCGAGGUCAUAAAUACAAGAAGCCAAAUAUCGCGCUCCUACCUCUUGGCACUGGCAAUGCAUUGGCACACAGUGCUGGACUCACUCAGGAUAACAGUCUUGGUCUUAGAACGUGGCUGCGAGGAGGCCUGAAAGAGCUUCCAUUAUUUUGUGCGAAAUUUUCCUCUGGGGCUCGAUCACUUUUUGAUGAAGCUCGCCAAGAGCGCCCGCUUCAUGUCGAGAACGACGUCGCUGUAGCUUAUGGCUCUGUCGUAGCAUCAUGGGGCCUGCAUGCCGGCCUUGUUGCUGACAGCGAUACCACAGAAUUCCGGAAAUUUGGCGUCGAGCGUUUCAAGAUGGCCGCUCAACAGGCCCUGGCUCCUAGCGACGGAUCACUGCCUCACGUCUACAAAGCGAAAGUCUCAAUCCAGCGUCCAGGCGACCGUUCGUGGCACGUGCUUCGAAAUGGGGAGCACGCAUACGUGCUCGCGACGUUGUGCAAUCAGCUGGAGAAGAGUUUUACCAUAAGUCCCGCAUCAAGUGCUCUAGAUGGCAAGUUGCGUUUGGUACACUUUGGUCCCAUGAGCGGAGAUGAAGCCAUGUCUAUCAUGGGCAAGGCGUAUCAGGGCGGACUGCAUGUCAAUGAUGAGCGUGUCGGGUACGAGGAGAUCGAAGCUCUCCGAAUCGAGUUCCAAGAAGAAGAGGGACGAUGGCGCCGUGUGUGCAUAGAUGGCAAGAUUAUUCGAGUCGAGAAAGAUGGUUGGGUUGAGGUUCGAUCUGGGCAGGCAGGGGUGGUUGAUCUCGUGGUAUGAGCAGGCUUGCAUACCAGCAAAGACAGGUAAACCCCUCGACAGUCACUUCUACAGUACUUGGGUUGGACCGGCGCAUGGAUGGGACUUCUUCACUACGGCGCUCAAUGGAAACACCGCAUUGCACAGCACAAGGACGCCGCAUUAGCAUCGCUGCAGCUUCAAGGACGGACGAGAAAGCAGAACAAACCUCGCCGGAUUUAAGAUCGAGCAACCACAGAGUUUCGGAGCAGAUAUCUCCCCAAAUUCCGACACAUGCACUCGAAUCAAGAAGUCUAUUCCUUCGCUCAUCUUCCUCCUAUCCAUCGAGAGAAGGGGCUCACUUCGCAAGAAGCGCUUCAUCGCAUUCCGUCGAUCAAAAUGGAUAUCUGUGUGGCUCCGGGUCUGGAACCAACCUUCGUGCCUACCUAUCUCGUCGUGCCACGACACUGGAGCAGCUGGGCUAGGAUCUGCGAUUCAACAGUGAUAGUAUACUAUCAGGUAUGGCUUGAUACACGCAUCGUGUAAUCUUCGCGUCCCUAGGCGAGCGGAAAUCUUGCUGUCUCACUCAUUGGCGAGCGUACCUAAAUGAUAAGCUCAGUUUGAACGAUAAUUUGAAUGGACCUACAAUGAUGCAGGCCCCGAACUAUUAUACUAGAUCGUACGACUACCUUGUAGAUAUUAUCUAUGUACGUACUCAGGAUUCAACAUGAUAAUGAUG